AUGGCCUCAGCUUCACUCAUUCUUGCAUUUGCCAUGCUCUUUCUCAGUUUCCCAUCUGAAAUUUCAGCAAACCUCUAUUCUAUUUCCUCAACACCACCACCAAAGGAUCCAUACCAUUACUCAUCUCCUCCACCUCCACCAGUUCACACCUACCCUCAUCCACACCCAGUCUACCACGAUCCACCACCACCGGUUCACACAUACCCUCACCCACACCCAGUCUACCACUCUCCUCCCCCUCCAACACCUCACAAGAAACCUUACAAGUACCCAUCUUCUCCACCACCACCAGUGCACACCUACCCUCACCCACACCCAGUCUACCACUCUCCUCCACCACAAGCACCACAAAAGAAGCCUUACAAGUACCCAUCUCCUCCGCCACCACCCGCGCACACCUACCCCCGUCUUCACCCUGUCUACCGCUCCCCACCACCACCACCAACACCACAGAAGAAGCCAUACAAGUACCCAUCACCACCACCUGUUCAUACCAACCCCCCUCACCCUCACCCUCACCCGGUCUACCACUCUCCACCACCUGUUCAUACCAACCCCCCUCACCCUCACCCGGUCUACCACUCUCCACCACCAUCAUCAGUUCACACCUACCCUCCUCAUGCUCCCCACCCAGUUUACCAUUCUCAUCCUCCUCCAGUCCAUUCUCCGCCACCACCACAUUAUUACUACAAAUCACCUCCUCCACCUCACCACUACUAG